AUGAAUGUUUCCAUCAUAGACCUCACAGAGGACCCGAUAACCUCAACAAAAAAAGCUUCCUCUGUUCACGAUGUCAACUGUGUAGAUCCUCCUUUUGGUUCAAGAUUCCUCGUAGAUCCGUCGUUAACAUUUACCCAAAAUGCCUGGGACCACGUUCCUCCGCCAGUGGAUCAAGGAGCUACGAUCGCCACGUCUUUAGCACGUCAGCGAGCAGCUGUAGUGAGUGAAGAGGAGCGGCUGAAGCUGAACUCGAAGCCUGCGAAGUACUGGGAUAAUUUCUACAAGAAUAACGAGGCGAAUUUUUUCAAGAAUCGGAAGUGGCUCCAUAAUGAGUUCCCGGAUUUGGUUGCUGCUGCAGAGCCUGGUGCCGGUUCUGUAAAAAUAGCAGAGUUUGGAUGUGGUGCAGGCAACUCGAUCUUCCCUGUUUUGUCCGUAAAUCAGAACCCUCAACUCGAACUGUACGCGUACGAUUACUCAAACCAUGCAGUCAAACUGGUCCAGCACAAUCCUCUUUACGCGUCUCCUCCAUGUGGAUCUAUUCACUCUGCAGUCUGGGACCUUUCCUCAGAUGACUCACUGCCACCUGGUCUGGCUCCAGCCUCCGUUGAUAUUGUCAUCCUUGUCUUCGUCCUAUCUGCGUUACAUCCAGACGAAUGGGCUUCCGCUAUCCGAAAUCUACGGAAGGUGCUCAAGCCAGGGACUGGGAAGGUAUUGUUUAGGGAUUACGGGAGAUAUGACCUAACGCAGUUGCGGUUCAAGAGCGGGAGGAUGAUGGGUGAUAAUUUUUACAAAAGAGGUGAUGGAACCAGGGUGUACUUCUUUGAGUUGGGUGUGUUCUUUUCUUUCCGACUAUCUAAGGAGGAGAGGGACCACGCUAAUCUCGGAACGAGCACAAGUGAGGUCCUCGAUGGGGAAGACGAUGACGGUUCAAUAGGCGCGGGUUCGAUUACCACCGUGAAAUUACCCAAAUCAUCGCCUGAGCUUACAACGAAUUCACAAAAUGCAAUCUUACCAUCGCCUUUUUCACAACUGUCAGUCCCCCCUUCGACAACUGAUGAUUCCACGAAGGAAUACGAAUCUCCAUCCGAAAAUGAUGCAGAAAUUCAUCCGAACCUGCUGAAUCCCUCAUUCCCAUUCCUGCGGGACGACGUAGACGACACAAGUGAUAUAGACGAUCACAAUAACCGACCUUUGAGUCAGACGCUUCGUCAUCGUCCUUUGUUCACCAUCGCCAACCUAGGAAUUGACCGGAGGCUGAUCGUGAAUCGGAAACGCCAGCUGAAGAUGUAUAGGGUAUGGAUGCAGGGCAUUUUUCGGAGAGUGUAA